ACAAAAUGUUCGGAGAUCUUCGGAAGUAUCUCGCGCCUUUCCGAAGUUGAGCCAAAAUCCAGGAUUCACGUGAUUUCGAAGUGUUUCCUCGAAAAACAUGGCGGAACAGCGCGAUGUGGUCCAUCUAAACCGCCUAAAAUGUUUCAACGAUGCUGUAUUUGCCAUAGUCUCGACAAUUUUGAUCCUCCCAAUUCGGAGACUGGAGGAAAACUCUACUGUUAACCUUAAAACUGAGCUCAACAAUCGACUGGUUCAGCUUGUGGUGUAUUUUAUGUCAUUCCUUGUCAUUUGCUCCGUCUGGAAAUCUCACGUGCACCGAUUUAAGAUUCUUGCACACGUAGACGAUGUCCUAGUUUGGUUGAACCUCAUUUCGCUCAUGUUCACCUCAUUUUUACCGUUCGCGUGUGCACUGGAGGGAAAAUACCCGAAGAAGUACCUUCCUCUCGUGUUAAUUUGCUGCGACAUGUUUAUCCUGGAACUGCUCGAAGUAGCCAUAAUCUUGUAUUCGUUUCAUCGGGAUUACCUCCUCAUAGAGGAAUUGCAGGAGCUGCCGAAAGAGCAGCAGAGAGAACGAAGAGACUAUAUGCUGGCGAAAAAACUGCUCAACCCAUUGCUGUAUAUCCUGGCUGCAUCUGUAAGUCACGCGAGUCCGACCACUUCCUGGGUCCUGCUCUCCAUCGUUAUCAUCACUCCGUGCAUACAUCGUUUUAUUGGCUUUCUCUUUCGAAAGUGCAAGGCGAUUCGUGUCGCUGGAGCUGAUUUUGACCUGAUGUUUGGCAAUUACAUCGACACGGAGAGAGUGGAAUGUUUCAGUGAUGGUGUCUUCUCCAUAGUCGCAACCCUACUUGUGUUGGACAUAACAACCGAGAACUUCCCCAAGAAUUCUGAUGUCAAGGAAAAUGGGAUUGAUAAAACUGUUCUGAAAAUGUGGCCCAAGUUCCUAGUUUACGCUGCAAACUUCAUCAUCAUUGCACUACUGUGGUUCAUUCACCAUUCCCUCUUUCACUGUAUCAAAACAAUGAAUCAACUGAUGUUGGUAUUCAACAACAUUUCUUUGGCUUUCAUUGGUUUCUUCCCUUUCCUCAUCGCCAUUUUAAACAGAUAUGCUGACAGCCCAGAUACUGUCAAUGACAGCACAAAGCUCGCUGUCCAGUGUGGUUCUGUGGCUAUAGCCAUGGCAGGUUUGUCUCAAGCAUUCGUGUUUGUAAUCGCAUUGUGGAAAGGUCCCAGCCAUCUUGAAACCAAGGUUAACCCAGCCGUUUCAAAAACCAGUCACUGCUACCUGGCCCUGAAACUCACUGUUAUACCUCUUAUCAGCCUUAUGGUGUAUUACACCACUCUGAGCCACAGUAACUGGGCAGUAUAUAUAACUUAUCAUGCUGCUGUAUUUGUGACCCCAUUUUUGUUUCUAGCACUUAAACUAAAUUUCGGCCGACGAGAGGUUGGUGUCAUGAGGCAUGACAUUGCUAUUGAUCCAGAUGUGGAGACUUGGAUUCCUCCACCACACAGGAGCAGAUUGAGGAUACAAAAGAAAGGUGUAGGUGACAGUAGUUUAUCGGAUUCAUUAGCAGUUUAAUGAUGUUGUUGCGUCAUGCAUUUAUAAGGUGUACAACAAAGUUACAAAACUACAGCAAGUAUAAAUCCUUACUGGAGAAAACCUCAUUCUAUUCCCAUUUAGCAGUUUAACAUUUGUUGCCGGGGGCUACUCCCAGAAAAAUUGGGUGGGGGUGUACGGCCCACUUCCCAAAACUUACAGGUAUGACCUGACCAAAAGUUUGAUACCCUGUUUAAGACCUGACCCUUCUAAUGUUAAAGGAAAUGUUUAUAUGCUUUUAUUAGGUAGGAUAGCUUUGCCUAAAAAUCACAGUCCCAAUUUAAGACAAGAGUAUAAAAACAAUACCUGAUUUGAGACCAAAAUGGCCAAAAUUGAUACCCUAUUUCUGACCCAAAGGGCUAAAAGACCAUACCCUUUGGGGCCGUACAUAUCUAUAUAGCCCAAUAAAGGAGUAUACCCCCCAAGCAUUGUUGUGGUAAGUUUUUAAAACUACAGUAUGCACAAAGCUCUCCUUCUCCCUUAUCCCCAACCCUUAUGCUACACCCUACAUCUUAGGCUCAAUGCUCACUUGCUGCCUAACGGCAGCCUAAGCACUGUGGCCUGGCACAAACACACUGCUGAGGUGUCAACAGGGCUGUCAUUACGUUUUGAGUCACCUGUUGCCUUGUUCUCUACACCUGCAGUAAACUUGUUACUUUGUGGGUGAAUUCUUUCAACAGCAGACAUUUUAACCCUUAGCAUCAAGGGAAAAUCAAGCAUUCUCAGCCAUAACAGGUGUUAUGGCACUUAAUGACAGCCCUGGUCAAGACUUCUGGUACUGAGCACCAGAACCCUUUAACCAUGUUACUUUUUUUAAAAAUCAUCCGUUUGUGGCAGUGUGGCUCAUGCCUUUUCUGACUAGUAACCCAUACCGGUCACAGAAACUAUGUUUAUAAACUAUUGUUAUGACGAUACAGUACAGAGUACUGAUCAACCCUCGAGUAUAUAAGCACUUUGAUCCAAAAUUUGGCAUAGACUCCUGGAAACCCAUAUUCACACUGAUAUCUAAAUGAUUCCUGGUACUGCCUCUCUUCACACCAAGUGUGAAAUGCUGCUGUAAAUGAAAAUAGGCCUUAUCACGGUUUUCGACCACCAUUGAACAUCAAUGCCAUUGUUUUAUAUACUUUUGUAUAUUUUACACAAUUUGCAGAAUCUGUAAUGUACUUUUAAGUGUUGAAAUGGGGAUUCUGUAUGUAAACCAAAGCUGAACAUGCAAGACAAUUUGAACAGAAUAUGAUUAAGUGUAAACUCAUUAAACGUAGCACGUAUAGGUUACAUUAAUAACAUGCUCUUUAGCUUUAAAAUUUAGAAAACAACUUUAGUUAGAAAUGGAAAGAUUUAGACAUUCAUUGCCUCUCUUCAGGUCAAACAUGGGGUGACAAAUAGAUUUGGUUACUGGUUAUUCUAAUGUAAAUUUACCCCAACCCUCAGGGAUGAGAGGGAGGGGAGACUCUAGAACAUUUUUUACUGGGAGGCUCCACUCCAAAGUCCAACCCUUUACCCUUUUUGUACCGUUUUGACAGAAAAGCUACCCGUUUUGUAUACCUUUUAUUGAAAAAAGGUACCCCUGUUACAUAUCUACUUAAGAACACUGCAUCCUUUUCUACACCCUUUGAAGGAAGUCAAUGAACAAUAUUACAGGAGAACAUCAAGCACCACCAGAAGAGAUGUUUUAACGAAAAAUCAAGUACUAUUUGCUUAGUUCAUGUUAUGGGGGGAGUUGAUACUCUGAUUUCUCGAUUUCCCGAUUUCCUGAUUUCCCGAUUUCCCUUCCCUUUCAUAUACCUCAACUUGUGAAAUCCCUACCUUUUUACAGUGUAUAUACCUGAACCCUGAGAAAGGUACCCCUUUCCGUCAGAGCCUCCCCAUUAGAGGGUACCCCCCCCCACCCAAAAGAGCAUUAGUGUGAAUUAGCAAUUUUUGUAGAUACUGAUUUAAGAGGUCUAUUGCAAUGUCUUGCGCAUGAGUAGUGAUACGAUUUUUGAAUGGAUGGUCCAAUUUUACAAGUUAUCCCCAGCAGCACAUGGCAAUGAGUCAUACAAUUUCUAUUGUUUAAAAACCUUCCAGUGUCAAUCAAAGUCGUUCAUGUGCAUUCACAUUAUGUUGACACAGGUACCUUUAAGUACUGUAAUUAACAAAAAAAACAAAACCUUCACUGUAGAGUUUGUUUUGCUUAGAAAGCUACUAGUUAGGAUGAAAAGUAAAGAUUAUUUUUUUCACUUCAUGUACAAAA